UCUGAAGGGGCGGGAACUUUGCGUAAGCGUCCACGACUCCAGGUUACGGCGUGUUAGAGAACACACUGUUGUUUAACCCAAACAAAGCCGGACGGUCCACCAACAUUUUCUUUGUCCACUUGGCCGGAGUAAGCGGUACCAUGUCCGGUAGCUGGUGGCGCAGUGCGGCGGUGACCCACGGGCUGGUGGCACUGUUCGCCAUGGGCUCCUGGAUUUCCGUCAACAGUCUGUGGGUCGAGCUCCCGGUGGUUGUCAAUGUGCUGCCCGAAGGGUGGAAUCUACCAGCCUAUCUCUCAGUGCUGAUAGCGUUUGGGAACAUUGGUCCAAUAGCGGUGACCAUCACACACCACUGUGCUCCAGGACGUUUAAACGAACGCCUCAUUAUCCACUGUAUCCAGGUGCUGGCAGUGGUAGCCUCUGGUCUUCUGGCUAUCUUCUGGUCAAACACCGUCACAAUAGCCGGAGGAGAAAGGUCACUGCCGUUCCUGCUCUUCACCUUCGUGUUGUCUUUUGUUUGCUGUACAUCCAACGUCACCUUCCUGCCUUUUAUGUUUAGUUACCCCCCUCAGUACAUCCGUACUUUCUUUAUCGGCCAGGGCCUCAGCGCCUUGUUCCCUUGUAUUGUGGCUUUAGGACAAGGCGUUGGCAAGCUGGAGUGUAAAAGUGUGAAUGGCACAGUGCAGCCAGAGUAUAUAAAAGAGAACUUUCCUGCGCAGAACUUCUUCUGGUUCUUGUGUGUCAUGCUGUCAAUCUCAGCUCUGAGUUUCCUGAUUUUAAUGAGAAGACAAACGCAGUCACAGGAAGAUGCAUUGCCAGAGGAGUUUGACAAUGCCACAGCGGUAAAAAAUGGAGAGGAAACACAUCCGCUACGAAACGGAGGGACACCAGUGUCUGAGGAUCAGGUGCAGGUGGUGGAACAGCCACAGACAUUUUGGACAAAGCGAAACAUCUACCUGCUGUUGCUGCUCGCCAUCUCCAAUGCCCUCACCAACGGGGUGCUGCCGUCUGUACAGAGUUUCUCCUGUUUGCCCUAUGGCACCAUGACCUUUCACCUCUCUGUGGUCCUUGGCAACAUCGCAAACCCUCUGGCCUGCUUCCUCGCCAUGUUUGUUGUCAUGAGGUCCUCCACUGGUCUGGGCUUCUUGUCUGUAGCUGGGGGAGUAUUUGCUGCAUAUCUCAUGGCGUUAGCAGCGCUCAGCCCCUGUCCUCCACUCCUGGGAAACUCUGCUGGCAUGGCUUUAGUGGUCAUCUCCUGGAUUAUUUUCACUGGACUCUUCUCCUAUCUGAAGGUGGUGAUUGGGACAUUGCUUCACGAGGCGGGUCACGCCGCACUACUGUGGUGUGGCAUCUCUAUCCAGGCGGGCUCCCUCAUCGGAGCCCUCACCAUGUUCCCUCUGGUCAACGUCUAUCACGUGUUUGCCUGGGCUAAAGAAUGUGAAGAUAACUGCAGUUUGCAGGACUGAGAUAUGCAAUGCUUUUAUGUUUUUUAAAGACACACUUCCUGUUAAUUCAUCACCAAAUGACUGUUUUAACCCAGUUUCUGGGGCUCCUGCGUGAAGCACCACAUCUGUCUCGGGGAUCAUGCCACCAAUGAGGCAUCCUCUGCUGAUUCUGAGGCCUCUGAGCCUGUGAAAAUAAAACCAUUCCCAGAUAAUGGGAGCACUGUGCUGCUGCGUAUUUGGCCAAGGGGAUGUGAAAUGCCUAUGAUGCAGUAAUACCACAAGUGCUUUGUGUGGUAUUUUGAAUCUUUGUAGUUGUUUACUGUAGAAAAAUACAGCAGCUGAUUUUUUUCCCCCACAACAGCAGAUCAUGUGAAAAGUUAUUUACUCAGGGACAUAAUCGUUAACUCAUUCAUUCACUUCGUGGCAACUGAAUCAAAUUCAUGAGAAAUAUUCAUAUUGUUAGCUGCAAACUGCAUUGCCAUCUAUACAGGUGUGUUUUUAUUUCAUUAGUUGUUUAAUUGCUGUGAUUUUCUUCAGUGUCUGUCUACCUCUUUCCUUUUAUUCAAUGCAAGUAUACAGUAUGAUUAUAAUCACAGUUUCAAUAGAGUCAGAUAUAUAACCAAAAAUGUGGGAGAGGUUUGACUUGUAAUUUGCUUUGUCAAUAAGUCAUAACAAAAAUAAAUACCUAGACAUACUGCUCUGCAAACAUCAAAAAGCCUUUAAUGUAUGAGCUUAGCACCUAUGCGUUUCCACUCACUCUUCAUCAGGGCUGUGACUUAUUGACAAAACAAAUUCCAAGUCUAACCUCUCCCUCCUUUUUUGGUCACAAAUGUCCUUGGAUCCAAAGAGCACCUGUUUGUGAUACUUACAUAUGUGAAAUAGCACUCCCCAGCCAACCUGCUUUACAGAGUUCGAUAUAUAAUUCUGUUAUGCUGAGGUCAGCAUUUUGAAAACUUUAACAUAUAGUUCAUAGAUUCAGUGACAUUCCUUGAUUUCAUGCCAGAAUUGUUUAUUGGUGCCAUUUUAUAAAACACGUUUUCACAAAUUUCAGUUUCCUUUAGAGUUGAUUGUAUUUCUCCUAAUGUUUUAAACAAACAUUUUAUGUCAUGUACUCAUCACUUUAAAUUUUGACUCAUUCCAGAUACACAGUAAUGUUACCAUAAGGGAACAGUAGCUGGCCUUGAUGAGUAGUAAAUAAGAAGUAAAUAGUUUUGGUAAACAAGGGAUUGUGUCUCAGUCUUUGAAACAAAAACAACGAAAUCUUGUAAGGUUGCUUUAUUAAACAUGCUGCUACAGUAAAUCAGAUUUGAUAACUUCAUUAAACUCUACAGAAGUUUACAAGUUAAUGUUGCCUUAACUUUAUGGUGGCCAUUCUGCUUUUAUGAAUUUAUCAGUGCUUUGGUGCUGAUUUGAAACAUGUUUGAACUGAUCAACAGUGCUUUUACUUUUUUUAUUAUUUUUUUUUUCUCACGAUAUUCAAAUAAUGUAAAGUGCAUUAUGAAGGUUAUGAAAUGACAUGUAAACAAUAAAGAUUUGUUGAAAAUUU